AUGCUAGUGGAAUUUGUCAGCCGGUGUGUGCGCGGACAUGUGUCCACGGACAAUGUGUCGGCCCAGAUAAGUGUUUAUGCCACGCUGGCUAUCAAGGACCAAUCUGCGACCAAGCGUUGCAUGAACACGCUAGGUAGCUAUCGAUGCUACUGUGAACCCGGAUACGCUCUCGCUACAGACGGACGAACUUGCGCCGAAGUGGCAUGCGUCUCCUUGCACUGCCAGUUCGGCUGCAACGCUAACGUUCGACCCGGAUUAGCGGCGCACUGCCUGUGUCCGCCCGGCCUCCGCCUCGCUGCGGACAACACAACCUGUCAAGAUGUGGACGAGUGUCGCCGAGCCGCCUGCCCGCCGCGCCGGACCUGCAAGAAUACGUUCGGCAGUUUUGUGUGCGUAUGCCUCAAAGGGUUCAUCUUGGGAACGUUGCACGGAUCGGUGCGAUGUCGAGAUGAGAACGAGUGCUUGACGGGGUCCCACGAUUGCAGCCGCCACGCCAUUUGCGUGAACACCGACGGUUCGUAUAGCUGUAAGUGUCCAAGGGACUACACGGGCGAUGGACGCACCUGCUGGCCCAGGAGAGACGCGCCGUCCAAACCCACGUUUUACCGGAGUUAUAAACUCUCCAGAAGGCCCAAGACGGUUUCACCCUUGUCUUCUUCUCCACGACGUUGGUCAAAAAACAAACUGUGACGGUACUUUUCUUGCAGCACUCGCGUCAAAGCCUGUCUGGAGAAAAUUUCGACUUUAUUCACAAAAUAUGUAUUUUUUCCCUCUUGUAAAAAACAUUUCAAAGAGGGACAACUGUUGUCCUGUGAUUAAUCAUUCAUUUUAAUUAGGGCUGUCAAAAUUAUCGUGUUAACGGGCGGUAAUUUUUUAAAAUUAAUCACGUUAAAAUAUUUGACGCAAUUAACGCACAUGCCCCGCUCAAACUGAUUAAAAUGACAGCUCAGGGUCAUAUGCACUUGUUACUUGUGUUUUUUGGAGUUUUGUCGCUCUCUGCUGGUGCUCGGUUGCGACCGAUUUUACGGGUUCAGCACCAUGAGAAUUGUGUAAUUAUUGACAUCAACAAUGGCGAGCUACUAGUUUAUUUUUUGAUUGAAAAUUUUUACAAAUUUUAUUAAAACGAAAACAUCUAAAACUUGUACUAACAUUUAUCUUUUAAGAACUACAAGUCUUUCUAUUUAUUUGCCAACUUGUGGUUGACUAAAUAAUUAUUUGAUCCACUGUAUCAGGUCACUUCAUAUUUUUGGGCAUUUCAGGAUCACCUUCUUUUGAUUUGGGGCAUUUUGAGGUCACGUACUGGUGAGAUAGGGUCACUUCCUGUUGAUUUGGGGCAUUUCGGGGUCACCUCCUAUUGUUUUGGCGCAUUUUAGGGUCACUUCCUAUUGAUAUGAGGUCACUUCCCAUUGUUUUUAGGACAUUUCAGGGUCACUUCCUGUUGAUUUGGCUGCAUUUUGGGGCCACUUCCUAUGUGUGUGUGGGGGGGCAAUUCAGGGUCUCUCCCUGUUGAUAUCAAAUCACUUCCUGUUAAUUUUAGGCAAAUUAGUCACUUGGGUUGGAAAUCAAUAGAUAGGUUUUUGUGCCAUUGAAAUGAACAGGAAAUUUUGGCCAUUAGAAAUGAAUAGGAAAUUUUGCUCAUUCGAAAAGAAUGGGUACGUUUUUCUCAAAUUCUGGCCAAACCAUACAUUUUCUUGGCAAAAAACAAUACAAGUUUGGCGCCCCUGAGCGUCCUUAAUUUUUUUAU